AUGUCUAAAGAAGUACACAACACAGAGCUACCACCCUUAUCAGCUGACGAAUCAGGGCAUUCUAGCGGGAGUAUAACAGACGACAGCGCUCAUAUAAAACAACAAGAAAGUUCCUCGCUGAUCGAUCAGUUCAUAUACAACCUUGAGCAAAUUGCACAAAAUUCUUCUUUAAUGUAUACACAACAACAGCAACAACAGCAACAACAACAAAUGGAUAACCAAUUCCUAAAGCAGUCUGUCAAGGCUGACACGUCAUUUGAUAAUGCCUCACACCUAUCUGAUUCAUUAAGUGUCAACAUGGAUUCACUUGACCAAACUGUUGCACCCGGAGAGCAGCAAGCUUCCAUUUGGUCUGGCUUGAACAAUUUUAUCUCUAAUGUCACACAUAACAACCUCUUCCCAACAAUUCCUAAUAUUGCCCGAAGCUUUACAGAAUAUCUUUCUAGUCAUCCAGUACCAUUUUUAAGUUCGCUUAAUAGUGGCCAAGGUAAUUCAGCCCUAUCACCAUCGUCUAUCCCUUCAUCCUAUUUCAGUUCAGCAUUACAGCAAAAUCAAUCUGGCAAAGGGUUACAGAUUAGAGUCUUGGGUGUGCCACAAACUGGAGCCAAAUCCAGAGUUGAAACACAGAUCAAGCUUUGUCUGCAGUUAGUAACAGACGCAGGAGAGAAGGCUCAAUGGUGGUCUCAUUUGAGGUUACCAGAACAAAAAGUGACAAAAGAUAAGUCCAAGAAGAUACGUUUACGGGAUCGGCAUCUGCAGCUUCCUGUAAGUCCCGACAAGGUACUGUUCCUACAAGCAAGAGUACUGUGUGCAAGUGAUCCUUCAAAAAAAGUAACUACGUGCGUAGGCUGUAUUCAAAGAGAAAGAAAAAGAAUACAGAGAAGAAAAGAUAACAGAAUGCAGAGCGAAAAUGACGAAAAGAUAGAAGAAGAUCAAGCGACUGUUACUGCUAAUGAAGAAGAAAUUCUUUUAUUUAAUUGUCCAGAGAUAGUGGACUUUAGUGCUGGAGAUACCAUUUUGCCCACCCGUAUUACUUGCUACUGCAGGCACCACAAUGAAAAGAUAGGAUUUUGUAUAUAUUUUCAACUGCUGGAUCAUACAGGCAAAAAUAUCGCAGAAGGAAUAUCGCCGCCCAUUAUGAUUACAGAUGACCAUAAAUCAAAAUCAGGUACAAAAAGACGUCGCAUAGACAGCGAAGUAGCACCAGAGUCUCGGUUACUAUCACUCAAUUGGAUGAAAUCCUUGCCCUUUACAAGCGACUUUACGAGCCCAUCAUCAUCAUCAUCACAAGCAGCAUCUCAAUCAUCAGCACCAGCAUCAGCAUCAUAUCCAACAUUUCCAUCUUCAAUCUCUGGCAUAUUCUCUUCUCCAAUGAUAUCCAAUAUAAAAUGUGAAGAAAAGUUUACAAACAGCAUGCUACAACAACAACAACCAUCUCCAACGCCGCCCAUCAUGAAACGGUUAAUUCCCAACGAAGCGCCCACCAGUGGCGGUAUUGAAGUGACGAUAUUAGGUACAAAUUUUAGGCCAGGUUUAACUGUGAUGUUUGGUAAUGUACCAGCUACCAACAUACAAUAUUGGUCACCAAAUACACUCAUCUGUACCCUUCCUCCUGCCAAACAAGCUGGAGCAGUCGUUGUGUCCUUUAAGGAAUCACCUGCGACAACCAAGAACGAUCUUUUGAUAUUUACUUAUUUAGCAGAAUCAGACCGUGCUCUUAUGGAACUAGCAUUGCAGGUUAUUGGCAUGAAGAUGACUGGAGUUGUAGAAGACGCAAGAAAGAUUGCCAUGCGAAUUGUUCAAGGCAAUAGUAGUGGGAAUAACAGUAUGUUGAAUCCGAAUGAGGUGAUCGACCGAGAGAAUGAUAAACAGAAUAAGCAUGAAUCGCCUUCAAAUAAAUUAUCAUAG